AUGGGACUAACCGGGCUGUUGGUAAAGGCCCUCGGCCUUGGGGUAGUCUUUCUCAUUACCCAAUACGUUUUCGCUUAUCUCCAAUCCCCGCUCAAGAGCAUUCCCGGCCCCUUCUUGGCCAAGUUCUCCAACAUCUGGCGUUUUUUCAACCACUAUGGGCAGACUCACAUUGAGACGCAGCGGAAGCUUCAUGAAGAGCAUGGUGACAUUGUUCGUCUGGGCCCCAAUGUCGUCAGCAUCGCCGAUGCGAGUCUGAUCAAGACCAUCUACAACACCCGAGGAACAUUCCGACUACUACCCCCGUGGUCCGUCAACGAUGCUCUUCAAGAUGGCCACCUUAUCCCAAACAUCUUCAGCACACGCAGCAAUGAGUUUCACUCAAAAGCUGUCAGGCCUGUCCAAAAGCUCUACAGUCUUCAAAACGCACUUCAAAUCGAAAGCAUCAUGGACAACGACCUCCGUACCCUGUGUGCUCAGCUCGAAUCGCGUUUCAUCCAGGGUGCCAAUAGUGGCAAGACAUGCGACAUCGCUGACUGGAUUUCCUUUUUCGCGUGGGAUUUUCUCGGUGACAUGACUUGGAGCCAGCGUAUCGGGUUCAUGGACCAAGGCAAGGAUAUUGGUGACAUGCUAGGCACUGCGGAACGGGUGAUGCGCUAUUUCUCCGUGGUCGGCCAAAUCCCUGCUCUAGACAAAUGGCUCGGUAAGAACCCAAAGUGGCCCCGUGCCCUCUACAAGUUUGACGACUUUUCUGUCGCUGCUGGUUUCUCUGUCGAGCGCUUUAUGGAGCGCAUGCAGAACCCCGAACUUGGAAAUGGCAAGAAUGACUUUCUCAACGGCUUCCUCGAGGCAAAGAAGGAGAAUCCUGAUGCUGUUACCGAUAACGAAGUCAUUGGGUACAUGAUCAUUAAUGUCCUUGGUGGAGCCGAUACUCUUGCCAUUGUGAUCAAAGCUAUAUUCUAUCACAUUCUGAAGUCUCCUGCCAGCAAGGCGCGCCUGGUCGAAGAACUUCGCUCUGCCUGUCUAUCUUACCCCACGCCUUACAGCAGCAUUGAAAAACUGACCUACCUUGACGCUUGCAUCAAAGAAGGCCUCCGCAUGCACCCUGUUGUUGGCCAGUUGUUCGAACGCGUCGUGCCUUCUACAGGCCUCACCUUGUCUAAUGGAACGACCCUGCCGCCUGGCACCAUUGUUGGCGUGAACCCGUGGGUCAUUCACUACAAGGAGGAUAUCUAUGGAGAAAAGCCACACGAGUUCCGCCCAGAACGCUGGAUGUGUGGCGAGAAUGAAGACGAAGCUACCUACGAUGCUCGCAUCAGGAAGAUGAAAGAUGCCGAUAUGUCGUUUGGUGGCGGAAACCGAGUUUGCGUUGGCAAGCCACUUGCGCUUGUCGAAGUGUACAAGGUUGUUGCGACCGUCUUUGGAAAGUACCAGAUUGAGCUUGAGGACGCGAAUCAAGAGUGGGAUCUGCACAAGCAAUGGUUUGUGUGGCCACACGACAUCAAGGUCAAGCUGGGCGCCUAA